AUGAAAUUAAUAUACUCGGUAAUUCAUCUCAAGUUCCUUCUGACACAAAUGCUCUUGAACCUGUAUUUUCUCAACGGCAAAGUUCUCGUCAAGAAUCAGUCGGUGGUUAUACUACCGUGGUUACAACUGAUCGUCCUCAACUUACCAAUGGGUCUUAUUCACAUGUACCAGCAAGUAGCUCUAGUCUUCCGAGAGUACACGCAAAUCAACAUGAAGGGGCUUUUUUGGUCGGCACUCAUAGCAUCUCUGUUUGGAUCGAAUAAGUUUUCGUCCAACAAGAAUACUGGUGCAUCAGCUGACUCUUCUUCUAGACCUCAAGAUAUAGUAUUGCCAGACAGACAACGCCCAGUGAGUGAUUGGACAGAAGUUGAUGGUCUAUGGGGACCAAACAACUUGCCUACUUCUUCAUCGUUGACAAAUUCUGACAAUAACUCACGGAACAACCAGAUCAAUGGGUCACUACCACCAGGUUGGGAAAGACGUUUUGAUGCAUCAAGUCAAAAAUACUAUUUUGUCAAUCAUAAGUGCAAAAUCACUCAGUGGGAAGAUCCACGUGAACGGGGAAUGGAUGAAACACAACCUCUCCCACCUGGUUGGGAAAAACGUUACACAGCUCAGGGUCAGAGAUUUUUCAUUGAUCACAAUACUCAUACCACAACCCUAGUUGACCCACGUACUGGACAGCAUGCCGGUUCAUUGGGCAGUAUGGGAGUACCAUUGCAAUAUGAAAGAAAUUUUCGGUCUAAAUUGAAUUAUUUCCGUGCUUGUUGUACAAAUGCUAUGCUGAGUGGUCAGACAAAGCUUCUUAUAUCAAGGGAUAAUUUAUUAGAAGAUUCCUUUCAGCUGGUAUCGCAAAUGUCUACAUCCGGUUUAAGAAGACGAUUGUCAAUUACCUUUCUCCAUGAGGAAGGCCUGGAUUAUGGUGGUGUAGCCAGAGAAUGGUUCUACCGUCUGUCAAGAGAAAUUCUCAAUCCAAUGUUUGGUUUGUUCGAGUAUACUGGAACAGAUUAUGCCUUACAAGUAAAUCCAGCCUCUCAUGUCAAUCCAAAUCAUAUGGCGUAUUUCCGAUUUGUUGGACGCUUUAUUGGCAUGGCUCUUUUUCAUGGUCGUUGUAUUGAUGGUGGGCUUACCCUGGCCUUUUACAAACAGAUUUUAAAGCGAAAGCUAACAUUAGAAGAUCUUGGUCACACUGACCAUAGUUAUUACCAGUCAUUGAUUUAUAUUAGAGACAACCCAGUUGAUGAAUGUGACUUAGACCUGUAUUUUGUUGGAACCUAUGAUCUGUUAGGCGCUGUACACGAGGAAGAGCUCAUUGAAGGGGGCAAAGAUAUAAAAGUAACUGAAGAAAAUAAAUUCGAUUAUAUCAGAUUAAUGGUGGAUUGGCGAUUUAACAGAGGUGUAGCGAAACAAACAGAAGAAAUUCACAAAGGUAUCUUUGAAGUGUUAAAUCCUGAAUGGCUGCAGUUAUUUGACGAACGUGAACUUGAACUUCUUUUAUCCGGUAUGCCGGAGAUUGACAUCGAUGACUGGGAGAAAAAUACUGUUUACCUGAAGUAUUCACGAUCAAGCAAACAAAUCAUCUGGUUUUGGAAGCUUGUUAGAAAACUGGAUAAUGAACAUCGUGCUCGACUUUUGCAGUUUGUCACUGGUACUUGUCAUUUACCAUUGGGGGGCUUUUCUGAAUUAACCGGCAGUGGUGGUCGUCAGUUGUUUUGCAUAGAGCGUACAGGUGAUGAACAAUGGUUGCCGCGUAGUCACACCUGUUUCAAUCGUUUAGACCUACCACCAUACCGUUCAUAUGAUCAGUUAUGUGAAAAAUUACAAAUGGCAAUUGAAGAGACUAAGGGAUUUGGACAAGAAUAA